AUGAGCGGGAAGAUCAUCGAGGGGGUGGCAGCCACCAUCACAAAAGCGAGCGAGGACGCCGUCGAGAAGCAGCUCAAGCAGGUCGAGGAGCGGCUGGUUGCUGCGGUACUGAAGGGUUUCGAGAAAGCCAUCAUGGAGGACAUGUUCUGCUCCACCCUCCCACCUGAGACCAUGAAGGAGCUGAAGGAAAUUGUGAAGGAAGGCUACCAUGAAGCCGAAGCAGGCAGGUUGGAAGUCCUCACCGAAGCGAUGGCGAGAGGUUUUCAGCGCUCGGCGGGCCCGUCGACGAGGUCGCGUCAGGAGGGUGUGGGAGGGGUUCGCAGCGGGGCUGAGCCUCGAGGUCACGAGCGGUCGGUUCCUCCGUCUUCUUCGGUGGGAGGACAUGUCGGCAGCCCGGUUGGAUCCCCACCGGCGCGUGGCCGUCAUCCCGUCGCCAAGCUCGUCGAAGAAGUCAUCGUACUCGACCAGUCGGCCCUCCCGAAGACCUCCGUAGCGGCUCCGAUCGAUCCACCUGAUGCGUUUGCUUCGAUGCGGGACAUGCUGCAAGGCCUGGGGAAAACGGGUGGGAAAGGAGUGGUCGCGGGGGAGAAAAGUGGUGCCCCGAACGAGCACAUCGCCUCGACCGGGAACAGAGCCCUAGGAAUGCGAGGUGCCUCUACCCCGUCAGGCGGCGGUGCGGGGAAAGGAGCGGGAGAAGCAAGCGCUGGGUUGCUGUCGAAGACUAAAGCGGCAUCAGCUGCGCACGGCAGUGGUGCUGGCCUUGCUGUCGGGCUUGUGGGAAACUGGGCGUCUUCCUCAACCCCUCCAGUUGCUCCUGUCGCCGCUGCUCCGUCCCUAGGCAACGUUUGCCUUAGCGAUCCGGGCUCCCCUUCAACGUCGAAGAAGAAGCCGGCUGCGACGAAGUCUUCGAAGCGCGCUGCACACGCGACAGAGAGCCUUGACGUGGUGGAGCUGGCCAGCGUCCCUGGUCAGGCGCCUGUCGAGAAGACCUCUAUUGUCGUUGCUGCUCGACAGGAAAAGGCGAAGAAGGCCAGGGUCACGGGUCACACCCCACCUCCUCGACUGGACGACCAAGGCAAGACGAGAGGCUGCAAACGUCCCUUCAAAGGACCGGGUUUCGGGUUGCGGAAAGGGAAGCCGGUUUCCAAGCAGACCGUCGGCGGGAGGAAGCGGUUCCUUGGCACUUUUGAAACAGAGAAGGACCAGAAGUUCUGUACGGCCGUCUGCUGGCGCGUGUACUUCCCCGACGUUGUCCUUACGGAUUACCUGUCGCUGUUGGCGACGGCAAAAAAGGAAGUGAAAGCUGGAACCAAGAGGGGAAUUGCGCUGUGCGUGGCAAUUGGUAAGGUCGCGGGGCUUGGCCUGAAGCACGAGAAUCUGAUUUACCCGGUCCCGAAGGGCAUGGCGGCGACACCGCACAUGAUGGCCAUCGCAGCAACUGUGGCGAGCUUGUGGGCGGCCUGCAGGAAGUUGUCGAGGGAGGAUAUUAAGAAGGAUGCCCUAGCUGCCGCAAACGCGGCGAUCUACACCCCGGAGACUGCAAAGAAGGCUUGUGUGGCUGCCAUGUCCGCACUCGUGUCCAUACUUUUGCACGUCGGCAAGACGUUCCCGGCGAAGCAGUGGCCCGAUCACCUGUAUUCGUCGGUUGUCGAAGGUCUCGGCUCGACGGACGCCAUACUGCUGCAGAUGCUGCGCGUGGCAGCACAGGUCUGUACGCAAUGGUGCUGCUGUCGAGCUGCUGCCCGCUUGCUGGAGGACGCGGGCUAUGGCAGCCUGGCUAUGCCAGAAGAAAAGAGCAAGGCGAAGCAGGGCGACGAGGAUGCAGCUGAGACGGAAACGGGCGGGCAAGGGGAGUAG